AUGGCGGGGUCCAGCAAGGCUUUGGCACUGCACAUCCUGCUCUGCUGCCUGUGUGCAGGGGUUGCCAACAUCAGGUGCUCGGGACACGUCUGGAUUGAGCCCGUGCCCGUGGUGCGGAUGGGCACCAACAUCUCCAUCAACUGCAUCUCCACCCUCGGCUGCCCCUGGGCCAAGUUCCGCAUCUUCUACAACUACAGCGACGCUGAGGGGAUCCUGGCCCCCCUCAACAGCAGCAGUGUCCAGCUCCGGCUGCGGGAGUUCCGGAUGCCCUCUGGGAGUGUGACCUGCUUCGCCCGCUGCCCCAACACCAACAUGUACCAGCUCGUGUGCGGCACCACCAUCCUGACCGGCUACCCUCCAGACCCCCCCAGCAACCUGACCUGUGCUGUCCACGAGCGCUCGGGACACCUGGCGUGCACAUGGGAUACAGGACAGACAACCCACCUGCCCACCCAGUACACCCUCCACCUGCGCAGAGUGGGAACAGCAGUGACAGAGGAUGCUAAGGAGGAGGAUGAUAAUGGUGAAGAGAAGGAGAAGGUCUUCCCUGCGGGCUCACUGGUACUACUGAGCACACUGAAUGGUGGGAACCACUACUCAGCAUGGGUGCAGGCCAGCAACGUGCUGGGUGCUGCCCGCUCAGCCCCACAGCACCUCAACCUGCAGGAGCUCGUGAUCCCCACUCUGCCCCUGCUCACCGGUGCAGAGACCACAGAGACCUCCCCUCCCAUCACCACCAUCCACUGGAAGAGGCAGACGCUGCUGGAGGACGUGCGCUGUGAGGAGCGGCACAAAGCCACGGGCAGUGCAGUGUGGCAUGUGGAGGUGUGGGACAGCACAGCCCAGCACGGGUCCCGCUCGCAGCACAGCCUGCACAGUGACACCCAGUACGUGUUCCAGGUCCGGUGCCGGCUCAGCGCUGCCAACAGCCCCUGGAGUGCCUGGAGCUCCCCCUUCCUCUACACCACCCCCGAGGCAGCCCCCACUGCAGCUCCCGAUGUCUGGCGGCGCCUGGGCCCGGCAUUCCCGAACGGCAGCCAGGAGGUGACGGUCUUGAUCAAGCCCCUGGCACCCCAGGAUGCCCGCGGGAGGAUCCUGGGCUACGCUGUGACCGCUGAGCUUCCAGUGGGAAUGAUGCUGCUCUGCAACACCUCCAGCACAGAGUGCAGUGUCCUGGUGCCCCCGGGAGCCAGCACCCUCCGUGUCACCGCUCACAACUCCAAGGGGGCUUCCAGCCCUGCCAACAUCACCCUCACCCAGGGCAGCAGCAGCUGGGAAGAGUUCCCAGCACCAGUGGCUGUGGAGGUCAAGACAGAGAACCAGAGCAAGGUCUCAGUGGCCUGGCAGCCCCCCAGCCACAGCAGGAGGUCCCCUCUGUGGUUCAUUGUGGAAUGGGUUUCCACCACCCCAUACAGCCCAAUGGAGCAGUACUUCUGGAAGAAAGUCCCGUACCAGGCAACACACACAGACAUCCAAGCAGAGGCAGGAGCAGGAGGUCACAUCAAUGUGUCAGUAUACGCAGUCUACCCCGAUGGAGCCAGCAAACCCAGCUCCAGCCAAGUCCCUCCAGAAGACCAGCUCCUGGAGAGCACCUACAGCAGCACCUACAGCGAGCUCUCCCAUGAUGAUGAUGUUGGACAUUUCCUGGGACUGGGCAUCAGUGUGGUCGUAUUAUCGGUUGUUUUUUUAAUUCUGAUGUUUAAAACAUCAGCCAGAAAAAGAAUUCAUGCCCUGGCUGUGUCAACCCUGCCAAAAUGGCUGUUUGAAGACAUCCCCCACAUGGAAAACAGCAACGUGGUAAAGCUGCUCCAGGCAGGCAGUGAUUUCCUGAGGAACAGCCUCCAUGAGCUGUUUGUGGACACCAGUGACCCCACAGUUACGGAAAUCGAGGAGGUCCCAGCACACGAGGAGUACAAGAACAUGAUCACUAGAAGGAAUCCCAGCAGAGAGAUCCCCAGGGAUGGGGAGCUCAAGGCGAGCACAGUGCCUGCUACCACCAUGCCCUUCGAGCACAUCAGUGACUACAAACCUCAGGUGUCCGAUGGGAACGCACUGGGAUAUGUAGCAGCCAAUAUCUAUCAAACACAGCCCCCAGCAUCCCUCCCCGAACCGGAGACAAACCUCUUCUUCACAGACUACACCAGCCCCUUUCCCCACAUGUGGGAUGGGGAGGGAGGGGGACACCAGGUCUGCCUGCUAGAGAAGAUCAACCUCGUCCUGAACAACAGCCAGAGCGGGCAAAGCCACAUGUUCAGCUCAACCCAGGUGGGAUGUGGUUCCCUCCUGGACAGCCAGUGGGGAUGCACUGCGGCCAGUGAGGUUCAAGAGCAAAUGCUGGUCCCCGAUGAGCUGCUCUCCUGCCUGCGAGCCAUGAAUGGGGAGUCAGUGGAUACAAAAACCUGCUUUCCACAGAACAUCGGAAGGUUAUUUUGAGAGGUGGUGCAGCUCCGUUUAACCCCCCCAAAGGAAUGACCAUGGCACAUGUCAGCCUCGGAGACUGCAAACAGCAGUCAUAGAAUGGCUUGCGUUAGACAGGAACUUAAAGCUGAUCCAGCUCCAACCCCUGCCACAGGCAGGGACCCCUUCCACUGGAGCAGCUUGC